CCGAGCGAGAGGGCGCCGCGCUCCGUCUGCCGGGCUCCCUCGCCUGGCCCGCCCGAGAAGCGCGCAGGUCUCCCCCGCCCGGCGGUCGGCCCUCUCGGCCUCCGGGGCUUCCAGCCGCCGCCCCACCGCUUCUCUCGGUCGCCCGGUGGGCUUCCCCAGACCAGCGCCGAGGAAGCGCGGCCCAGGAACUGGCAAGGGCGGCCUUGCGGGUCGCGGCGUGAAAUGGAAGCGGGGGGGGGGCUCACAGCCACCAGCCCUGCCCGGCGGUGGGUGGCUCGCCCGUCCGGGUCUUCUUCAUGCAAAUCUAAGGGCGCCGCUGCAGAGCCGCGGGAGGAAAGUUUGCCCCAAAGCCCGGCUGCGGCUCUCGUGCUCCCCUUCUCUGCCUCUGGAGGAGCGGAGGGAGGCGGCAGCUCUGGAGAUGGGGGCGACCGGCGCUUUCGGGCCGAGGAUCCGGGUCGAGUUUAUGUGAAGGGCUUGAGACCCCCGCCCCCGCUAGAGUAGCCGUGGUUGGAACAAGCGCCAGGCUGCGCUGACAGCCUGUCUGAUGCGUGGCAGCCGUUGGAGGGACUUGGGGGUUUGUUCCUAUCCUGGGCAGAACCUGCAUCAGACUCAGAGCAGCCCUUCCACUCUGGGAUGUGCUGGGCAGGUGCCUUGGGACCCUGUCUCCAGUUCUGCACCCCCCCCAGGCAGAAAGGGCACCCUGGAACGGAGAGUAGGGGAUCCCCAGAGAGCAGCUGAAGGGACCGGCUGUGGAGCCUAAAGAUGAGAAAGCUGAGAGAAAACAUGAUGAGAUGUUUCCUCAGAGGCUUUCCGGAACAAGGACAAGGAGUUGGGAGGCCACCAAGAUGUCUGGCCUGCUUUGGUCUGAUGUGUCUCAAAGCAUGUCAGAAACCUGGUCACAGCAGCCGCCACCCCCCCAGCAGCCCUCACAUCAUGGGGCCACAGCUACCCUUCCAGAGCACCCCAUCCCACCUAGUGCGGUGACCGAGAAUCCUUUGGGCUGUGCCGUGUAUGGCAUCCUCCUGCAGCCGGAGCCCAGUGGGCUGCAGCACCCACCCCUCUCUGCCAGCGGUGGAGGGGAGGCCUCUCCCAAAUGUGGGGUUUGUGGACACGACCUGUCUCACCUCUCCAACCCCCAGGAGCACCAGUGCCUACAAGGUGGCCACGACCGCUCCUUCCAGUGCACUCAGUGCUUGAAGAUUUUUCAUCAAGCCACAGAUCUCCUGGAGCAUCAGUGCCUGCAGGUGGAACAGAAGCCCUUCGUCUGUGGCGUCUGCAAGAUGGGCUUCUCUCUACUCACCUCGCUGGCCCAACACCACAGUGUCCAUAAUGGCAACACGGCCGUCAAGUGCUCCAUUUGCGAAAAGACCUACAAGGCGGCGGCAGCAGCAGCAGUGGCAGCUCCCGAGGAACCUGCCCCGCCACAGCAGCCGGCUGCCCUCAACCGGGCCCCAGUGGAGAAGCCUUACAGCUGCUCGAUCUGCCAGAAGCCCUUCAAGCACCUCUCGGAGCUGUCGCGACAUGAGCGGGUCCACACUGGGGAGAAGCCCUACAAGUGCAGCCUGUGCGACAAGAGCUUCAGCCAGUCCUCGCACCUGGUACACCACAAGCGCACCCAUAGUGCAGAACGGCCCUAUAAGUGCACCGUGUGUGAGAAGGCCUUCAAGCACCGCUCCCACUUGGUGCGCCACAUGUACGCCCACUCAGGCGAGGCCCACCUCUUCCGCUGCAACGUCUGCGAGCUGCACUUCAAAGAGUCCUCGGAGCUGCUGCAGCACCCCUGCACGCCCAGCGGCGAGCGGCCCUUCCGCUGUGCGGCUUGCCACAAGGCCUUUCGGCGACCCUCAGACCUCCGACAGCAUGAGCGCACCCACAGCACGGAGCGCCCCUUUCAGUGUGACCUUUGCCAGAUGAGCUUCAAGCAACAGUAUGCGCUCAUGCGACACCGCCGCACUCACAAGGCUGUGGCCCCCGCCCCUUCUUCGGAGCAGGAGGCCGCCCCGCCGCCCUUCAAGUGCUCCUUGUGUGAGAAAGGCUUCGUGCAGCCAGCCCACCUGCUCUACCACCAGCAUGUCCAUGGCAUCGAGAACCUCUUCAAGUGCAACGCCUGCCAGAAGGGCUUCAGCCAGUCCUCUGAGCUGCUGCGCCACCGCUGCGUGCAGAGUGCUGAGCGGCCUUUCAAGUGCACGGCCUGCAGCAAGGCCUACAAGCGGGCCUCCGCCUUGCAGAAGCACCAGCUGGCUUCGCACUGUGCCGAGAAGCCUCUCCGCUGCACCCUGUGCGAACGGCGCUUCUUCUCCUCCUCGGAGUUUGUGCAGCACCGCUGUGAUCCUGCCCGCGAACGGCCCCUGAAGUGCCCAGACUGCCAGAAGCGCUUCAAGUAUGCCUCUGACCUGCAGCGCCACCGUCGUGUCCACACGGGAGAAAAGCCGUACAAGUGCCCCUCCUGCGAGAAGGCCUUCAAGCAGCGGGAGCACCUGAACAAGCACCACGGGGUCCACACCCGAGAGCAGCACUACAAGUGCAUGUGGUGUGGUGAGCGCUUCUUGGACCUGGGCCUGCUGCAGGAGCACAGCGCACAGCACACCUCUGCGGAAGGCACUUACACAGUGGCUCCCUGCCUGCCCUGAGCAGCCCCUCUGCCAAGCACAGCUCUCCUCUCCUUCUGGAGCUGGCCCAGCCUGCAGAAAAGAGCCCUUCAAUGAGCAAACCUGAGAGAGUAAACUAAGCCACAGAAGGGAGGGGACCGUGCAGUGCCCAAGUCCGAGUCUGGCCGUGUCUGGCUUUGGAAAGACUGGCUGUUUAAGCCUGCCAGGCCUUGCCGUGAUUCCAUUGUGCUCGCCAAGCAAAGGGCCGUCUCCUGAGUGAAGCCUUUGCUGUUUGUGAACAAUGGAGCAGGACUCAGAGCGGCUGAGAAGGAACCCUGAAGCAGCACCCAGGAGGCGUGCAUGCCAGGCUGAAAGGCCUCCUCGUACUCAUUGCCACGAUUUCUCCAUGCAGAUGCUCCAGCCGACAGCCCUUAUAUGGUUGUUUUGGCUUCAAUAGUCUACAAGCAUCAGGACUGAAUUUCCUCCACUCCAGCCAUUGGAAAUGUAGCAGGAAGGGCAUGGAGGAAAACCUCAAUUUAUCUAUUUAAACGUAUUAUAAAGUUAGAGCAGACCCCCAGCCUUCUCUUUCUCCCCCCUCCCCCCUCCCCUGUGGUAUAAAUAGAUAGGCUUCUCUGUGUAACCUCUGAGAAAUGUAAACGUUCAAGACACGCAACUGAAGAGCUUGGUCAGAAAACAUUAAUUAAAACUGCACUGAUCUGUCCUGGAAUUGUAUCAUUUGGAGCCCCAAGUGCAAAAGGGGAGCACUUGAGAUAGUUGAACUUCUGCAGAUGCCUUCAUCGGGGACCAGUGUGCGUGGAGCAGGUGCAUGUUUGUGCAUAUACAUGUGUAUGAGUUGGUGGAUAAGAAGGUGUCGUAAAUGGAAGGGGGCUUGUCCCAAACUGAUGCCAAGACCAACAUUUGGUUGCUUACAGAAGGCAUAGAUGCCACGAAUGCAGACCCAGACGCAUGG